AUGUGAAUAUUAUUCUCCAUUUGUAAAAUGGAGAUUGACAACAUCUUUGACAAACCUGAUAACUUAACAUCAAAACCCAGAAACUAUUUGGAAAUUCAAAUUCCACAUCAGCCAGAGUAUGUCGAUUUUGGUACAAAUACAAUGGAAAUAGAAGACACUCCAAAAAUCCCAAAAUAUCGGCCAAUUAUUAGCCAAUUCAAGCCUCAAACCCAAGUGAAAAAAUGCGCUUUGCCUUUAUCCAUCAUGAAUUCAAGAAUCGACAAAAAGUGCCUAGAAAAGGAUCCCAAAAACUGCAGAAAUUCAUCUCAGUUCUUCAACGAGGCCGAAAAAAUAAUUUUUCAUAAGCAUUUGCCUCGGAAAAUAAAUAAAUCGGAAUUUUAUAGAGGGAUAUGUAUGACGCCUAAUAUGACAAAGGAAUAUAAAAUUAAGCAAAAAAGACAAAGAAGCGUUAGCCCUCCAGUUUUGGAAGCCCAUAGUAAUCAUUUUAAGACUGAGCUUCAUGAACCCCUAAGUUCUUAGUUAAGAUUAUAGAAAAGCUCUUUCAGGCCUAAAAGCUCUUUCAGGCCUAAAAGUCUCAACUCGCCUCCAUAACACGCAUCACUCGCUUGCGAAUCCAGAAGCAGCCUCACUCUGUGUCGCUCAUUGCGGGCUAGGGCUUGCACUUGCUGCCUGAGAGCCAGAGACAUUAGGUUAUCAUACUGGGCUUCAGCUGGGAUCCUUCCUAAAAAUUGAAGAGCGAAUUUUUUGCCGGUUUUCCAACCAAAAUGGAGCUCGAAGCUUAGGACGUGGCGACUAGUAUCACUCUAUAAAAAAAUUGACUCCUUAGGGAGUGAUAACCAUAAAUUCAUUCAUUCAUUAAUCACUCUAUGGAAUUACCCGAGUGGCCAAGCAACCACCUCUGGCUUUCUGGGUGUCCUUUUUCAAACUCCGGCGAAUCAUCUUUCAGUGGUUAAAAACCAAAUCUGGAUGCGAGUAAGUAGUCAGCUAAGCCUAAAUUACGUUCCACCAACCCAGGAAAACCCUACCGGACACUCAUGUUCUAAUACUAUCCUCCCUUACAUAAAUUCUUUUGGGUUCCCGGGCUAGAGGUGUUAAGAGGCAGGUUGGCACCCGCGCCAUUUAAUAAUGAAUGCUUAAUGAAUCCCAUAAGUGAUUUGGAUCUAGACUGAGAAGGACUUCCUUAUAUAGUCGCUUGAUACCUUUAAGUAAGUCUUCAAUGCCCAUAAAAAUGAAGUGCAAGUCUAAGUCGCCACUUAUGAACCCUCUUCUGACGUUUGAUUUGAAAAAUCAUAAAUUGUCAACACUGCUUUUAACACAUCAUAAAGAUGAAUAUGUAAUUUAA